GCGCCGGCCGGCCGGCCUCACGCCCGCCCCUUGCAGUGGGUCCUGGCCUUCGAGAUCUUCAUCCCUCUGGUCCUCUUCUUCAUCCUGCUGGGGCUGCGGCAGAAGAAACCCACCAUCUCUGUGAAGGAAGUCUCCUUCUACACGGCUGCGCCCCUCACCUCCGCUGGCAUCCUGCCAGUCAUGCAGUCGCUGUGCCCCGAUGGCCAGCGGGAUGAGUUUGGCUUCCUGCAGUAUGCCAACUCCACGGUCACUCAGCUGCUGGAGCGCCUCAGCCGCGUGGUGGAGGAGGGCAACCUGUUCGACCCCGCGAGGCCCAGCCUGGGCUCCGAGCUCGAGGCCCUGCGCCAGCGCCUGGAGGCCCUCGGCCUGGGCCCGGACAGCAGGGACGGCGGGGACAGCCAGGCGGCCAGGCCUGCAGUGUCCUCCUUCUCCCUGGACUCGGUGGCCCGGGACCCCCGGGGGCUCUGGCGCUUCCUGACACGGAACCUGUCGCUGCCCAACAGCACGGCCCAGGCGCUCCUGGCGAGCCGGGUGGACUUGCCCCAGGUCAACCACCUGCUUUCUGGACUUCCGUCUGCCCCGGAUGUGGGGUCAGGCCUCCCCAGGGGCCAGGCACCGGGGAGCCGGCUGGGUCACCACCCCCUCUUCCUCAUGGAGGAGCUGCUGCUGGCCCCGGCCCUCCUGGAGCGUGUCACGUGCGCACCGGGCCCCAGGGAGCCGGGCCAGGGGCUCCCUGUACCCCCGGGUGAGCCGUCGGCGCUGCAGCGGUACCGGGAGGCAGUCUGCAGUGGGCAGGCUGCUGCCCGGGCUCAGCGCUUUUCCGAGCUGGCCGCUGAGCUCCGGAGUCAGCUGGACAUGGCCAAGAUUGCGCAGCAGCUGGGCCUGGACACGGCCCCCAACGGCUCAGCCCCCCAGCAGCAGCAGCCUCCCGCACGGCGGCUGCAGGCCCUGCUGGGAGACCUGUUGGACGCCCAGAAGUUUCUGCAGGACGUGGACGUCCUCUCGGCCCUGGCUCUGCUGCUGCCCCAGGGUGCCUGCACCGGGCGGGCUCCCGGGGUGCCUCCCAGCGGCUCCGGCCGGGCAGCCAACGGCACUGGGGCGGGUGCGGGCCCCGGCGCCAACGCCACCGUGGAGGAGGGGGCCCCGGCGCCCCCGGACACACUGCAGGGCCAGUGCUCCGCCUUCGUGCAGCUCUGGGCUGGCCUGCAGCCCAUCCUGUGUGGCAACAACCGCACCAUCGAGCCGGAGGCCCUGCGGCGCGGCAACAUGAGCUCGCUGGGCUUCACGAGCAAGGAGCAGCGCAACCUGGGCCUGCUGGUGCACCUCAUGACCAGCAACCCCAAGAUCCUAUACGCGCCAGCGGGCUCGGAGGCCGACCUGGUCAUCCUCAAGGCCAACGAGACCUUUGCCUUUGUAGGCAACGUGACCCACUACGCCCACGUGUGGCUCAACACCUCCGCCGAGAUCCGCAGCUUCCUGGCGCAGGGCCGGCUGCAGCAGCACCUGCACUGGCUGCAGCAGUAUGUGGCGGAGCUGCGCCUGCACCCCGAAGCCCUGAACCUGUCUCUGGAGGAGCUGCCGCCCGCCCUGCGCCGGGACAACUUCUCGCUGCCCAACGGCUCGGCGCUCCUGCAGCAGCUGGACACCAUAGACAACGCCGCCUGCGGCUGGAUCCAGUUCAUGUCCAAGGUCAGCGUGGACAUCUUCAAGGGUUUCCCCGACGAGGAGAGCAUCGUCAACUACACGCUCAACCAGGCCUACCAAGACAACGUCACGGUGUUCGCCAACAUGAUGGAGCGGGCCAUCAUCAACACCUUCGUGGGCCACGACGUCGUGGAGCCGGGCAGCUACGUGCAGAUGUUCCCCUACCCGUGCUACACGCGCGACGACUUCCUGUUCGUCAUCGAGCAUAUGAUGCCGCUCUGCAUGGUGAUCUCCUGGGUCUACUCGGUGGCCAUGACGAUCCAGCACAUCGUGGCGGAGAAGGAGCAUCGGCUCAAGGAGGUGAUGAAGACGAUGGGCCUGAACAACGCGGUGCACUGGGUGGCCUGGUUCAUCACCGGCUUCGUGCAGCUGUCCAUCUCGGUGACCGCGCUCACCGCCAUCCUCAAGUACGGCCAGGUCCUCAUGCACAGUCACGUGGUCAUCAUCUGGCUCUUCCUGGCCGUCUACGCCGUGGCCACCAUCAUGUUCUGCUUCCUGGUGUCCGUGCUGUACUCCAAGGCCAAGCUGGCCUCGGCCUGUGGCGGCAUCAUCUACUUCCUGAGCUACGUGCCCUACAUGUACGUCGCCAUCCGCGAGGAGGUGGCCCACGAUAAGAUCACGGCCUUCGAGAAGUGCAUCGCGUCCCUGAUGUCCACGACAGCCUUCGGCCUGGGCUCCAAGUACUUCGCCCUGUAUGAGGUGGCGGGCGUGGGCAUUCAGUGGCACACCUUCAGCCAGUCCCCUGUGGAGGGGGACGACUUCAACCUGCUGCUGGCCGUCACCAUGCUGGUGGUGGACGCGGCCGUCUAUGGCGUGCUCACGUGGUACAUCGAGGCCGUCCACCCAGGUAUGUACGGGCUGCCCCGGCCCUGGUACUUCCCGCUGCAGAAGUCCUACUGGCUGGGCAGCGGGCGGACGGAGGCGUGGGAGUGGGGCUGGCCGUGGGCUCACGCCCCCCGCCUCAGCAUCAUGGAGGAGGGCCAGGCCUGUGCCAUGGAGAGCCGGCGCUUGGAGGAGAUGCGUGGCAUGGAGGAGGAGCCCACCCACCUGCCCCUGGUGGUCUGCGUGGACAAGCUCACCAAAGUCUACAAGAACGACAAGAAGCUGGCCCUGAACAAGCUGAGCCUGAACCUCUACGAGAACCAGGUGGUCUCCUUCCUGGGCCACAACGGGGCGGGCAAGACCACCACCAUGUCUAUCCUGACGGGGCUGUUCCCUCCGACCUCGGGCUCGGCCACCAUCUACGGGCACGACAUCCGCACGGAGAUGGACGAGAUCCGCAAGAACCUGGGCAUGUGCCCACAGCACAACGUGCUCUUCGACCGCCUCACGGUGGAGGAGCACCUGUGGUUCUACUCCCGGCUCAAGAGCAUGGCCCAGGAGGAGAUCCGCAAGGAGAUGGACAAGAUGAUCGAGGACCUGGAGCUCUCCAACAAGCGGCACUCGCUGGUACAGACCCUGUCAGGAGGCAUGAAGCGCAAGCUCUCGGUGGCCAUCGCCUUUGUGGGCGGCUCCAGGGCCAUCAUCCUGGACGAGCCCACCGCGGGGGUGGACCCGUAUGCUCGCCGCGCCAUCUGGGACCUCAUCCUGAAGUACAAGCCUGGCCGCACCAUCCUCCUGUCCACCCACCACAUGGACGAGGCCGACCUGCUGGGGGACCGCAUCGCCAUCAUCUCCCACGGGAAGCUCAAGUGCUGCGGCUCCCCGCUCUUCCUCAAGGGCACCUACGGGGACGGCUACCGCCUCACGCUGGUCAAGCGGCCUGCGGAGCCCGGCGGCCCCCAAGAGCCGGGGCUGACAUCCAGCCCGUCCGGUCGGGCCCAGCUGAGCAGCUGCUCGGAGCCCCAGGUCUCCCAGUUCAUCCGCAAGCACGUGGCCUCCUGCCUGCUGGUCUCGGACACCAGCACCGAGCUCUCCUACAUCCUGCCCAGCGAGGCCGCCAGGAAGGGGGCGUUUGAGCGCUUGUUUCAGCACUUGGAGAGCAGCCUGGACACGCUGCACCUGAGCGGCUUCGGGCUGAUGGACACGACGCUGGAGGAGGUCUUCCUCAAGGUGUCCGAGGAGGACCAGUCCCUGGAGAACAGCGAGGCGGGUGAGCCCUCGGGCUGGCAUGCGGCCCGGCGCUGCACGCUCCUCUGGGCCCUGGCAGCCCGGGCCUGGGUGGGAACGGGGGCCAGGACGCCCAGCCAGCCUGGGGUGAGGGGACGCCCCCCGGGCAUCACCGUCACCAACCACCCCAUGAACAAGACCAGCGCCAGCCUCUCCCUGGAUUACCUGCUGCAGGGCACGGACGUCGUCAUCGCCAUCUUCAUCAUCGUGGCCAUGUCCUUCGUGCCGGCCAGCUUCGUGGUGUUCCUGGUGGCUGAGAAGGCCACCAAGGCCAAGCACCUGCAGUUUGUCAGCGGCUGCAACCCUGUCAUCUACUGGCUGGCCAACUACGUGUGGGACAUGGUGGGCCCCGGCCCUCGCCGCCAGGCCCUGCCCUCCCCGCCCUGCCAGUUUGACAAGAUGAAGUCCCCCUUCGAAUGGGACAUUGUCACCAGGGGGCUGGUGGCCAUGACGGUCGAGGGCUUCGUGGGCUUCUUCCUGACUAUCAUGUGCCAGUACAACUUCCUGCGGCAGCCACAGCGCAUGCCGGUGUCUACCAAGCCUGUGGAGGAUGACGUGGACGUGGCCAGCGAGCGACAGCGGGUGCUGCGGGGGGAUGCCGACAACGACAUGGUCAAGAUAGAGAACUUGACCAAGGUGUACAAGUCUCGGAAGCUGGGUCGCAUCCUGGCUGUGGACCGCCUGUGCCUGGGGGUGCGUCCUGGCGAGUGCUUUGGCCUUCUGGGUGUCAACGGCGCCGGCAAGACCAGCACCUUCAAGAUGCUGACGGGCGACGAGAGCACGACGGGGGGCGAAGCCUUUGUCAACGGGCACAGCUGGGCCAUGAGCCUUACCCGCAGGUUUGGCGACGGCUACAUGAUCACCGUGAGGACCAGGAGCAGCCAGAGCGUGAAAGAUGUGGCGCGGUUCUUCAACCGGAAUUUCCCCGAGGCCGUGCUAAAGGAGCGCCACCACACGAAGGUGCAGUACCAGCUCAAGUCGGAGCACAUCUCGCUGGCGCAGGUGUUCAGCAAGAUGGAGCAGGUGGUGGGCGUGCUGGGCAUUGAGGACUACUCGGUCAGCCAGACCACCCUGGACAACGUGUUUGUGAACUUCGCCAAGAAGCAGAGCGACAACCUGGAGCAGCAGGAGACGGAGCCGCCCUCAGCCCUGCAGUCGCCCCUGGGCCGCCUGCUCAGCCUGCUCCGGCCCCGCCCCACCCCCACGGAGCUGCGGGCCCUGGUGGCCGACGAGCCCGAGGACCUGGACACGGAGGACGAGGGCCUCAUCAGCUUCGAGGAGGAGCGGGCCCAGCUCUCCUUCAACACAGACACGCUCUGCUGACCACCGCAGCCGCCCCGGGACACACUGUGGGAUGGGAGUCAGGCAGUGGCCGAGGCCGCCCGUGCCCGGCUGCGCACCAGGACCCCUGGCGCCCCGCCAGCCCGCCCUCUGCCCCUGCCAGCCCGCGGCCCCCCUGACUGUGCCAAAGGCUGCCCGGCCCUGGGCUGCACCCUCACCCUGCUUUGCCUUAAAGCCUGGGGUCUGCCCAGCCCCUCGCCUCUACCCAGCCCGGCCCUGCCCAGCAGCCCUGGGUCCGGUAUGCCCGCCACGCCCGCCAGCCCCUCUCCUGGCCGGGUCUCCAGAACUGAGCUGUGGCGGGGUCUGGAUGGCGGCCCUGGGGGGCUGCGUGUGGGGUUGGGUGAACCCCUCCCCCAGGCGCUUAUUUAUUUUGCUUCAGGAAGAGGCCCCUAACCCAGUGUUGGGGGGUAGCCCCGCCUGGGAGACAUCGGGUGGCAGGAUGGAGAAGCUGGCCCCAGGGCCAGGUGAGGGCAGCCACCUCCCUGCCCGUCAGCUGCCCCUGCUCCCACAGCUUGGCUGCUCCGCCGGGCCUGUACAGAGCGCAGAAGUUUGUUUUAAAUAAAACUGAAAAGUCUC